GCGGUGAGGUACGCGGAUAGCCUGGCUGCUCGUCCGGCUGCCCCAGCCCUUCUGAGGCACCGCGGAGCUCAGUCCCGUCCCGACACUGGCGGGAGGCCGGGCCCGCGCGGGCGGAGGGAGCGUCUCCCGGGCUCCUUGGAGACCGCCUGGCCGUUAGAGGAGGAGGAAGGAGAGGAAGCAGGCCUCCUGUCCGGCAGCAUAUGCUUCCGCCUGUUGCCGCUGCCCGGCCCGGCGGAGGAGUGGGUCGAGGUGGGGCUGUGCUGCUGGCGGGUCGGGCAGGACCCGGCGUAUGGAGGAUAAAGGUCUCUCUACAGCCACUUAGAGAAGAUGACAGAUUUGGUAGCUGUUUGGGAAGUAGCUUUAAGUGAUGGUGUUCAUAAGAUUGAAUUUGAACAUGGGACCACUUCAGGAAAACGUGUUGUCUACGUUGAUGGAAAGGAAGAAAUAAGAAAAGAAUGGAUGUUUAAAUUAGUGGGUAAAGAAACAUUCACUGUUGGAGCAUCCAAAACAAAAGCUACUAUUAACAUUGAUGCUGUCAGUGGCUUUGCAUAUGAAUAUACUUUGGAGAUCAAUGGGAAGAGCCUCAAGAAGUAUAUGGAGAACAGGUCAAAAACAACCAAUACUUGGGUACUGAGUUUGGGUGGUGCAGACUAUAGAGUUGUUCUAGAAAAGGACACGAUGGAUGUGUGGUGCAACGGUCAAAAAAUGGAAACAGCGGGUGAGUUUGUAGAAGAUGGGACUGAAACUCACUUCAGUGUUGGUGAUCACAGCUGUUGCAUUAAGGCUGUCAGUAGUGGGAAACGAAAGGAAGGAAUUAUUCAUACCCUUAUUGUGGAUGACAGAGAAAUCCCAGAGACUGUGGAGUAGCCUCCAGUUAACUGAUUACUGUAGGACUAAGAUAAGGAAUUUUCAAUUACUGUGGUAAUUAUUUUAAUAUGUACUACUUGGUACAUCUGGUUUGUGCUGGGUUUAUUUUCUAGUUUCUGCAUAUGGAAUUAUUCUUUUAUGGACCAGUUGAAAAUUAUUAUAUACAACCUCUUACAUGACCUUUUUUUAAAAGUUCUAUGUAUAUAUAAGUAUAUAAAUAUAUUCAUUAUAUCACGAAGUGCACAGAAUACUGGUGAGCUUAAGUAGAAAUUAUAUACUAGAAAAUACCUUGCUAUAAUAAAAUGGAAGAUAAAUAUU